CAAUCCGCUGGCUCAUGUGUCAGGGGCUUCAUCUUCUUUCUCCCGCUGAUUCACCAAAAAUGUGCACCAUUCCGCUGCGUGCAGCUACUGGGCGGACUCCUCCGGGCCACGGAGAGGAGUGAGAGGAGUGUGUCGUUUUGCUGAACUCAUAGGCGUGGUUUUUUCAGAUGGAGAUGGAGAUGCUCCUCCGUCUGCUCCCGCUGGGAUCCCCACCUGCCCUGCUGAUCCUCCUCACACCGCGUCUGUCACCGCGCCAGAUGCUCUCUUCCCGAGCUUGAACCACAACUACAGCUACGAAUUUGAUUAUAUUUUUUUGUCACAGUGGAUAUCGAGGGGGUGUGUAGUGUAAUUACAGCGCAGUGGACGUACAGUGGUAAGGUUUAAUCACCUCCGGAGCGAGAGGGGGCGGCGGCGGCGGCGGCGACGCACGGACGGACGCGCGGCAGAUAAAAUAGGAGCGAACAGCGCGUCACUUGGCGGAGAUCGCGCGUCGCUUGGCCUCCAGGCAGCGGCAGCGGCAGAAGCGGCAGCAGCAGCAGUGGAGGAGGAACCACAAGAGGAGACCCUGGUUCAUGUGUAGGGCUGUGGCUGUUCGACGCGCAGGUCGUGCCCGCAGCGUUUGGUCGCAAGGAUGGAAAACACACGCAAGAGAUCUCCUGCAUGGCUGUGCGCACUCGUAGUGUUGUCUGUUUUGUGUCUCGUGGUGGACAGCAAGAGAGCCAGACAGCCUCGAUGUCCCCCAUCAUGUACAUGUACCAAAGAUAACGCGUUGUGCGAGAGCGCAGGACUGAUCCCUCGCAGCUUUCCCCCCGAUGUCAUAUCACUAUCAUUCGUCAAGUCUGAAUUCACCGAAAUCCCGAAAGAGAGCUUCAUCCACACGCCUGCCCUGCAUCUCCUCCUCUUCACAGCCAACAACCUGGAAUCCAUAAACGAGGACGCUUUCCUUGGUCUUCCUCAUCUGGAGUAUCUGUUCAUCGAAAACAACCAAAUCAAGUCGAUUUCACCGCAUGCUUUCCGUGGACUGAAAACCCUAGUGCAUCUGAGUCUGGCCUACAAUAAUCUGGAGACUCUGCCCAAAGAUUUGUUCAAGGGUCUUGAGGCCUUGACGAAAGUAGAUUUGCGAGGGAACCAGUUCACCUGUGACUGUAAGCUGAAGUGGUUGGUGGAGUGGAUAUUCAGCACCAACGCCACAGUGGAUCAGAUUUACUGCAAAGGCCCGGCCUCACAGCUGGACAAGAAGAUCAACGAUCUGGUGUCGCAGUCCUUCGACUGCAUCACCACAGAGUUCGCUUCCUACCAGUCCCUGAAGUUUGAGUCCAUAUCCGUGGAGGCUUUCUCCUUCGGGAAUGACCAGUACGUGGUGUUUGCCCAACCCUUCAUAGGGAAAUGCAGCUUUCUAGAGUGGGAUCACGUGGAGAUGGUCUUCAGAAACUUUGACGACAUUGACAGCACAUCCACAGUGAUCUGCAAACCUCUAGUCAUCGACAACCAGCUCUUUGUCAUUGUGGCUCAGCUGUUUGGCGGCUCGCACAUCUACAAGCGUGACGUCUCUGCCAACAAAUUCAUCAAGCUCCAAGGCAUCGACAUCCUCAAGAUCCGCAAACCCAACGACGUGGAGACGUUCCGCAUCGACGGAGAGUCCUUCUUUGUCAUAGCGGACAGCUCCAAGGCCGGCUCUACAACCAUCUACAAGUGGAACGGCAACGGCUUCUAUUCUCACCAGUCGCUCCACCCGUGGUACCGCGACACCGACGUGGAGUACAUGGAGAUCUCCUCCAAACCCCACUUGAUUCUGUCCAGCAGCUCCCAGAGGCCGGUGAUCUACCAGUGGAACAAGAGCACCAAGCUGUUCGACAGACGCACCGACAUCCCAGAGAUGGAGGACGUGUACGCCGUGAAGCACUUUCAGGUCAAGUCCGACCUCUUCAUCUGUCUGACGCGCUUCAUCGGCGACUCCAAAGUGAUGCGCUGGGACGGGGCCCUCUUUAGAGAGUUGCAGACGGUGCCCUCCCGCGGCUCCAUGGUGUUCCAGCCCUUCUCCGUGGGCAGCUGGCAGUACGCCAUCCUGGGCAGCGAUUACUCGUUCACACAGGUGUACCGCUGGGAUGCCAAGAAGGGCGAGUUUGUCCAUUUCCAGGAGGUGAACAUCCAGGCGCCGAGGGCCUUCUCUCCAGUCUCCAUAGACAACAGGCAGUUCCUGCUGGCCUCCAGUUUCAAAGGGAAAACUCAGAUUUAUGAGCACCUGGUCAUCGAUCUGAGCAACUGAUUGUUUUCUUGACUGGUUGUUUGGUUAUUUGAGCGGUUUCUGUCGCAGCAGAUCCAGACAACAACAGUCAGGUGAUCCUAACUUGAGCAAGGCAGGCAUUACUCUUCUUCUUUUUUUUAAAUCUUCCAUUGAAAUCAGUGCAUGAUACAAGACAAAAGCAUGCAUCUCAACCAUAUUUGGCUGAGAUGCAUGCUGAGUUCAAUGCAUGCACCUCAAGUUAGGAUUAGACCCAAUAUGUUGUCAAGACAUUAAUGCAUGACCAGGGCCUCACACAGGUCGUCCCAUCCUGAUGAAUGCAUCAUCCACGCUCAUUAAUCCAUUAAAUCUCGCCAGUGGGUUCUUUUUUGUGUGUGUGUUCAGCUUUUCAUGUGACUCAGCAAUGUUUAUACAUUUGUAAUCUCAUAUAUUUAUCUACAGAAAGUGAUAUUGAAAUGGUACUUUUUAACCUAUUAACUGAACAAAUCUGCCAAAAUGAAAUGUUUACAUUUUUCUGUCUUUCCACUUGUACGCUAAAAGAUUUGUAAAUGAAGCUUUUGUAAGUUUAAGAGGGACCACAACGCCAGUUAGAUACAUAUUUGUUAAGGAGAAUGAUUUAAAAUUAUGUUUAUAAUUUGGAAAAUAACAGAAAUGUGUGAGAAUCUACCUGUAAAUCCUUACAUUUUUAUCGUCAAUAGUUUGUAUAAUGUUUAAAGUAUUGAAAAUGACUUUUCAUAAGCAGUAUGGAAAACCGUUUGGGCACACACAGGAACUAUUUUCACACACUUGAAGGACCUGAAAUGAAAAACUGAGGAUAUUGUUCAUAAUGCUUUACCUUUGACUAAUGCAAAAUACAUCAAUUGUGUCAUGAUUAGAAUUAUGUUAUUGACUAAUAUCAUGCUAUUUAGAGUCAAUAAAGGUUUACAUUAUUAACUGUUA